UAGAAUUUCUAAACGCCCUCAUUUUUUUAGCAUAACAGAAAUUAACAUAAUGUCUUUCACAAUCAAACCAAGCUGGACCGCUGGUAUUUCACAUAUUCAUAAAUUUGUUGCGUAACGUCAUAAUAUGGAAAGCAUGGAGAAAAAGCAAGAGGGAUUAAAUAAUUUCAGUUCUUUAAAACUAGAUAAAUGGCUCGUGAAUCAGUGCAAGAACCUUGGGUUAAACCGCCCGACGCCUAUACAACGGAACUGCAUCCCGCCCAUCUUACAAGGACAAGACUGUAUUGGAUGUGCAAAAACUGGAAGUGGAAAAACGGCAGCAUUUGUUUUACCAAUCCUUCAAAAACUCAGUGAAGAUCCAUAUGGCAUUUAUUGUCUUGUCCUGUCUCCAACAAGGGAAUUGGCAUACCAGGUUGCAGACCAAUUUAGAGUAUUAGGAAAACCAGUUGGACUGAAAGAUUGUGUAGUUGUUGGUGGAAUGGAUAUGAUCACCCAGGCUACAGAGCUAUCAAAGCAACCACAUGUAGUUGUUGCAACACCAGGACGUCUGGCAGAUCAUUUAAACAGUGCAUCCACAUUCUCACUGAAGAAGAUUAAGUACCUUGUUUUAGAUGAGGCAGAUAGAUUAUUAGAGGGAAAUUUUGGACCUGAUUUGGAGGUUAUAUUUGAUGCAUUAUCCAAGAAACGACAGACACUUCUGUUCAGCGCCACCAUUACACAGACAUUGGAGCAGCUCCGAACGAUUGCCAUGAAAGAACCAUUCUUCUAUUCAUGUUCCUCAGAAGCAGAGAUAGCUACAGUAGAUACCCUGGACCAGCGAUACGUCUUGAUGCCCAAGCAAGUGAAAGAUGCAUAUUUAUUGUUUAUUUUACAAGAGUACAUGGCUGAACACGAGGACCCAUCUAUACUCAUCUUCACUAGUACCUGCAAGAGCUGUCAUUCAGUUGCAAUCAUGUUAAGAAAAAUGAAUUUGCCUUGCGCUGCUCUGCACUCGUUAGUCAAUCAGCGCACAAGAUUAAGUUCCCUAGCUCGUUUCAAAUCAAAUCAAGUGAACAUUUUGAUAGCAACAGAUGUUGCAAGUCGUGGCCUAGACAUCCCCGCCGUUCAGCUUAUCAUCAACCACAACAUUCCUGGCUCGCCUACUGACUACAUUCAUCGUGUUGGCCGUACAGCGAGGGCAGGACGUGGUGGCAUGGCAAUCAGUCUAGUUACGCAGUUUGACGUGCAACUUGUGCAUGCAAUUGAGGAGAGAAUAAAGACUAAACUUGUAGAGUAUCCUGUAGAAGAGAAUGAAGUAAUGAGAAUUUUGAAUGAAGUUUCAGUUGCCAAACGAGAAGCUGAACUGAAAUUAGAGGAGAUUGACUUCGGAGAGAAAAGAAAGAUAAACAGACACAAACAACUUAUACGAGAAGGAAAGGACCCUGAGGAGGAAGAAGCAAGGAAAAGAAAGGAAUGGAAGGAGAAGAAGAAAAUGAGGAAGUCCAAGAAGGGUGAAGCUAGCAUGAAAACCAGCUGAAGGCUUACGUGCUGCCUUACCUGAUAACAACACAGUCCUCUGAAGCUGCAUUCGUUGAUGAUACAAUAAAAGGGUGUUUUCGACUAAAAGUAGAGAUGCUCAACCUGCAGCUCAGAAACAAGAUUGGACUUGAUUUUCAAAGAGGUCUAAAAGGAUGAUACCCAGGCACAGCUAUAUUAUUUCAAUAAGGGACGAUACCAUGCACAGUUUACUGUAUUUCAAGAAUGUGCCCUUUGCAAGUGAAGAGAGUGAAAACUUUUAGGCUUCUGGGACCACUUGGGUGUGUCCAGCAAUAGUGGCAUGCCAGAUGUGGGGCAGGGGGAUUACCGUCUCAUCAGCAUGCCAUGAAUUAGUAUUUAAUAAUUGAUGUAAUACAGUAAAUUUGUAAAGGUGUCAUUUUCACUUAAUGCUGAACCAAGAACCUGAUCCUUAACCACUUUGCUACCAUUUACUAACAUGAAAACACAUUUGUAUCCAAAGUGAUAUAUUUAUUCACAUGAAACUUACAGUACAUGAUUCAGAAAACCUCUUUCUGAUUCUUGAUUUAAAAUUUUACUUCUGUAUGAAAUUUAUUAUUUACAGUACAAAUGUUUUCUAUCUACAAUACAGUACAGUCUUUACUGUACAUAUAUGUGAAUGACUUUUAAACAUCUUAUGUUUAUUUAUAAAGUUUAGGUUUCUUUUUUUCUAAUAUAGAUCUGUAAAUACACUAACUGCAAUUUUCAGACAAAAACAAAAUUAUAUAAAAUUUCUAUGACAA